UGUAAUAAUAUGUUCAUUAGAGCUCAUAUGAAAGCUUCAACCAAAGAUCAGUUUCAAGUCUUAUAACAUGGUGACUAGAUAGUGCUUGUGCUUUGGAUUUUUUAAAAAUUAUUUUACCCUAUUUCGAAGCCACAGUUAUGUUUGCAUUGGACGACUGCGUUUUUGUAUAUUUUAUGGGCAUUGGAGGCAUAGGCAUGAGUGCCUUGGCACGGUUAUGCGCCAGACAGGGUUGCCAAGUUUUUGGAUAUGAUCAAUCGUCAUCUGGCCCCGUUGAACAACUCAAAGCGGAAGGUAUUUCAAUCAGUUGUACGGAUACCCUGGCUGCCAUUCCUGAAGCCAUUUGCCAGCACCCCAACCAAACGCUAGUGAUUUAUACACCGGCCAUCCCGACGGAUAGCACUAUUUUGAACUACUUUAAAAAGGCUGGUUACAGAAUCCAAUCACGUGCAGAAGUGCUGGGAAGUAUUUCAAAAUUAUUUACUACGAUAGCAGUGGCGGGUACACAUGGCAAAACAACUACUUCAGCUAUGAUUGCCCAUAUACUCUAUGAAAGCAACCUGCCCAUGAUCGCUUUUGUUGGGGGUAUGAUGAAGCUGUAUGAUACCAAUUUAUUAUACAAUAAUCUAAACCCCUUUGGAAACUUGACUUCUAAUGGCCAUUCAAAUACAACUGAGUAUUCUGGCGAUUGCGCUUCUCCUAAAAAUUGCUCUAAAAAGAGUCUAUUGGAUGACGUACAAUUCAUGGUCGCAGAAGCCGAUGAAUUUAAUAAAUCUUUCCUCCACCUUGAACCCAGCUUUAGCAUUGUAACGGCUGCAGAUGCAGAUCAUCCAGAAACCUAUGCAACAGUAGCACUUAUGGAAGCUGGUUUUAUAGAAUUUAUCCAAAAAAAUCAGAAACAUUUACUUAUACAGCAUAGAGCUGCAGAGCAGUUGGCGGUGCGCAAACAUUAUGAUAAACCUUUCUUAACCUAUGGGCUGGAUCAAGGCGAUAUUGUAGCAGGCAAUGUAGAGAUUGCACCCGAUCAAAGUGUUUUCGACUAUGUAGGAGUUGAUGGCACUAUUUCUAAUUUGGUGUUGCCUAUAGCGGGGUUAUAUAACAUUGAAAAUGCAUUGGCGGCCAUUACGAUUUGUCGGACGCUUGGUAUUCCAGAAGCUCAAAUACGCACCUCUAUGGCCAGUUUUCCCGGUAUAAAAAGACGCUUUUCUUUUGUUUGCAAACAUGAACAAUAUCUACUUAUUGAUGAUUAUGCCCACCAUCCUGUAGAAAUUAGCUCUUUACUAAGCUCGGUUAAAAAGCUCUAUCCCAACAGUGGCAUCACUGCUAUUUUUCAACCGCAUCUUUUUUCACGUACUCAAGCUUUUUAUAAAGCUUUUGCUGCGAGCUUAAGUCUAGCGGAUCAGGUUUUUAUAUUACCUAUCUAUCCUGCCAGAGAAGCACCGAUUCCAGGGGUUACGGCUCAACUGAUUCUUGAUGCGGUAAGCUGUAAAAGGAAAUCAUUAGUGACCAUGGAUGAUUUGAUUACCGCAUUGGUGGCUUGUGAUAAGACACAAACGCAUCAGGUUUUCCUUACAAUUGGUGCGGGAGAUAUAGGAGAGGGGGUAACAACUAUAGCUGCAACUUUGCAAGAGAGUUUUGGAGGAUGAAGAAAAAACAGAAGGCGCCCGCAGUGGGGGCUUCAAUCUUUUUUCAAGGACACUUUUUUUCCUAUCUUAGGAAUAUUUUGUGAUCCAGUUAAAUAGAAUGCCAAGUUUAAUUAUAAUUUAUCCUAAGUGCGACAUUAGGACUACUUUUCUAUUCUAUAGCUGCAUAUUCAAUUUUGAUAUAAUCCUAGACUUUGUAUCAGAAUCAGAAAUAGUAUGUUGUGCAAAGGAUUGCUCAUUGUUACCUUGGAUAUGAAUCGGCUCCAUGUUCUAUUAAACAUUCAAUGAUAUCAAUGUUCUCA